AUGAGCGACCGCAACGCCAACCAGGGCAUGCGAGAUAUGAACGCCCCCACCCCCGAGCAAAGCAUACCGCCACAACAACAGCGUAGCCAGGACAGAAACGCUCAGGACCGAAGUCAACCCUCCUCACCAGGCGCACCAAAAGCGAUGAACAACCAAAGACAGGGAGGGGGCCGAAGCUCAGGCAGUCAGGCCGGCAUGGCUCGCAAGACAAAAGCCUUGGGGGGUAAGGGGGGCAAGAAAGGUACGGGUACAGCGACGGCGACACUAAGCAGCGAGAUCUUGCUCUCGACGCUCGUGCAGCAGAAACCCAUGCCGCGGGUCACGGGCAAGAAGCCUGGGGAGGCGAAGGUGAUGUUUGAAGGCGGCUGUGGGGAAGGAGGGGGGCUGGAGGGGCAUAUGGGUGAGAUGUUGGGGCAUGGAAGGGGGUUGGUGAAGAUGAUUGUUUGA